CCUUUUCUUAUCAGUGACCACAAGCAUCCAGUGGCAUCCCAGUUCUCGCCAGGACACCAUGCUACCUUGAUCACUUGCUAUCGAACCGUCAUGUCAGCUCAUCCACAGCGCGGAAGACCGUCUAUCCACGGAGUACGGAGGCAUACCCUGUCACCCUGUAUUGAUCCAGAUCUCCAGGAUACAUUGUCUGAACAAGGUUAAAAAGGCUGACCCAUGCCUCCUUCCCCAGCCAUGCCUGAGCCUUCUUUCUCCUUCUUAUCCCUCUCGCUCCUACAACUCGAGGUGCGGCAUACAAGGCAGUAGUACUGUGCAGCAGCUUCUGCUCCUUCCAGCUGUCCGGACGCUUGGAGAGUCUUUACUACACCAUGUCUUCCGGCGACUACUACGACCCUGAAAAGGGCGUGGCGGGAGAUGAAAUCAAAGGUCACUCCAUCGAUGAGACUGGUCGCAAGGGCUCCCUGCACGGCAGGAAAGCCUCUGUGGCCGAGUCCAUCAUCGCCGCCGACCUUCUCGAUGAGAGAUACCGCAUCACCAAACGUGGGCUCAAGAGCAGACAUGCUCAGAUGAUUGCACUUGGUGGUACCAUUGGUACUGGUCUCUUCGUCGGUUCUGGUGCGACCCUCGCACUGGGCGGUCCAGCCUUCAUCCUUGCAUCCUAUGUCAUCAUGACCUUCCUGGUAUACUGCGUCGUGACUGCUGUCACCGAAGUCGCCGCCUAUCUGCCCGUCCACGGCGGCACCAUGUCCUACUACGGCUACCGAUACGUCUCACGAUCCAUGGGUUUCGCGCUCGGCUAUCUAUACUGGUAUGCCCUCGGAAUCUUGGUCCCCUACGAAGUCACAGCAGCCGGUUUGGUCAUCAACUACUGGCACAACGAUGUCAACAUUGCAGUUUGGAUGACCAUCAUGCUCGUCGUCAUUAUUGGUCUCAAUUUCCUGCCCGUCCGUUUCUACGGAGAAACCGAAUUCUGGUUUGCCGGCACAAAGGUCAUUUUGAUGAUCGGUCUUCUGUUCCUGAGUUUCAUUCUCUUCUGGGGAGGCGGCCCGUCUCACGAUCGACUUGGGUUCAGGUACUGGAACGAUCCCGGCGCAGCACAUCCAUAUAUUAAGACCGGGGACUCUGGCCGCACCAUCUCAUUCUUCGAGACCCUUGUCUCGUCUGUCUUUCCUUUCACCUUUGCGCCAGAACUCCUGGUCGUCACCGGUGGAGAGAUGGAAUCUCCUCGUCGAAACCUGCCCAUCGCCUCGAAGCGCUAUUUCUACCGAUUAGUGAUUUUCUACGUCCUGGGCGUUUUAGCCAUCGGUGUCACCUGCCCAAGCGACGCCCCUGCGCUGACCAACGGUGGCGCUGGUGCCAAGUCGUCUCCCUACGUCGUUGCCAUCGCCAACGCCGGCAUCGAUGUACUUCCCUCGAUUGUCAACGCCGUCAUCCUGAUCUCCGCCUGGUCUUCCGGCAACUCCUUCCUGUACAUUUCGUCACGCGCCUUGUACAGUCUGGCGGUGCAAGGUUCAGCACCACGCAUUUUCAAGACCUGCAACCGAUGGGGUGUCCCAUACAUGGCCGUCGGCGUAUCAUCCCUAUUCUGCGGGCUGGCCUAUCUGAACGUCGCCUCGAGCGGUUCCACCGUCUUCGCCUGGUUCGUUAAUCUUACCAAUACUUGGGGAAUGACCUCGUGGGUUUGCUGUAUGAUCAUCUUUCUCCGCUUCCGCAAGGCUUGCGACACUCAGGGGGUCCGAUCACCUUACCGCAACUGGUUCCAGCCCUACGGCGCAUACAUUGCCAUGGUCAUGUUCACCCUGUUGUGCUUGAUCAACGGCUUCACCGUCUUCUUCCCGUCGAAGUGGUCCGCUUCCUCCUUCUUGACCGCCUACAUUGGUAUCCCCAUCUUCUUCCUCAUGUACUUCGGCCAUCGCAUCUGGUUCUGGCGCGACGCUUGGGCCUGGGACCCGGCCGAGAUCGACAUGAAGACCGGUCUGCAGGAGGUUAUCGAUGCCGAGCGUCCCGCUCAGGUCCGCAAGGGCUGGAAGAAGAUUCUUUAUAUUAUCGAGUAGUACUACCUCCAAGGGGUACUCCAUUCCAAUUUUUCUGGGAGAGGACGUCCAAAAAUCAUGUGUCAGAUGAGUUGUAUAUUGGUGCGGAAACAUAGCACAGUGCUGUACAUCCUAGAUUGUUCAAUACUAAAGACCACGACGUCUUGCAUAUACAGACUCUAUCGCAUCGCAC